CGCGAGCGCAAAAGAUCGAUUGGCGAUGCUGGCAACGCUGGCGAAGAGCAACCAGUGGAAGCGCCUCGCGCUCGGCCGCUUCUGCAGCGGCAGCGUAGAUGCGCCGACUAAGAUCAUCGUCGAGAAGCUCAAGCAUGCGUCCAAGGACGGCGACUGGAAGACUGCGUUGGGCACGUUCCAGCACUUUGUCGCGAGCUUUCCGCAGGCCGUCGAGCCGUACCACGCCAACUUGGUGCUGCGCGUCUGCGCCGCCCACGGCCGCCAUCGCGAAGCCAAGAAAGUCCUGCACACGAUGCAGCAGAUCGGGCUCAAGGAGCUCAACGCGGCCGCAACAACGACCACGGAGGCACCGAAUUCCACAGCUGGUGCACAUGCCACGCUCGAGUCCAAGGCGCUCAUGUGCAUUGCGCUCAUCGAGAACGGCAAGGGUCACGAUGCGCUGCAGACGCUGCAGACGCAGGCAUCGGAGGCACUGGCGGCGACCACCGACGACGAGGCCACGCGUCGCGCCUUGAACGGCCUCGUGUACAAGCCCAUCAUCCAAGCACUCAAGAACAAGAACGACUGGAAGCUCACGCUCACGGUCCUCCACCACAUGCAGGGCUUUGGCCUUCCGAUCUCGCUCCGUGGCUACCGCAUGCUCUUUUUGGCGCUCGCGAGCGGCCGCCAGAACGAAAAGCUCGUGGACGUGACUGACCAAGUGCUGCGUCUCCGCGGCGAUGUUCUCGAUGUUGCGACGUACACGGUGCUCUUCAAGACCCUGAGCGCCCUCGGGGAACACGAGGCUGUCGACCGCGUCCUCGACCAGAUUGCAGCCACCAAGCCCAGCGAAUGGAUGCAAACGAGCACCGACGUCAACUUUUACAAUGCGCUCAUUCGCGCCAAGAUGCUCUCGGGGCAGUUGGACUACUGCCUUGCGCGCCUCAAAGAGAUGGAAGGAGCCUUGGCGCCCGAUGCGUUCCCGUACACCACGUGCAUGCUCGGGUUCCUCAACACGGACAAGUCGUUUGUGAUCUUCAAGCUCUACAAGGACAUGCUCGCCCGCGACAUUGCCCCGUCGAUAUUGACGCUCGCGCUCGUCUUGCGUGCGAUCAAGACGUCGCCCAAGCAGCGCAAGCUCAUCCCGGCGAUUGUUCGUACGCUGGAGACGACGCCGCUCGAGAAAUCCGACUUUGUGCACACAGUCAUUGAUGCGCUCGAGGAGCUGCGCGAGCGCGACGCAAGCCACGUGGUGUUUGAGCGCGCCAUGGACGAAAACAUGCUCGGCGAGUGGCGCAAGGGCCUGUACGCGAUGAACUUGCAUAGCUUUUCGCGCGGCUCGGCCAAGGCCGCCGUCGAAUUUGCGCUGCUUGCGAUUGCCGAGCAGCCCAAGAGCGUUCUCAAGACAGAGCUCCAAGACCUCAAGAUCAUCACGGGCAAGGGCCGGGGCAGUCGCGAGUACAUGAAGCCGGUGCUCAAGCCCAAGAUCAUCACGAUGCUCCGCAAACACUUUCGACUGAUUGCGUUCUCGCCCGCCCAGAACGAAGGGUCCCUCGUCGUCAAGAAGGCCAACUUGGAAGCAUAUAUCGACACCUACCACGGCGAGUAAUAUACAAUCUUCGCACGUUUCACAGCGCAUUUAUCGC